AUAAUAUCCAAUGAGUUUUGUUUCAUGUUACGAAUUGUUCUACAUUUUAUUUUUUCAUUUAAUUCUUAAUUGUUUCCAUACUUCCGAAUGGCGUUCUUUGAAGACAGCCCAAUCAAUUAUACAAUCUUGUAACGCAAUGUAUUAUGCACGUUCUCUUUACUAGGGGUUAAUUACAUUUUAUUUUAAUUUCACAUUUCGUUUGCUUUGUUUUGAUUUCCUUGACUUGACUUGACGACGACGCAAAAGCCGAAACAAAGAAACGAAUUUAUCUGUAUCUUUGCGCGCACGAGACAAGUGCGAACAUUUUUCCGCCCACAAGCCACUUUCCCUGCAUUUUCCCCGCUCCGAUCCACUUCACUCCGCUACAAGUCGUUAUUGAAAUUCCAUUAUCUACAAAAUGCGGAACUUAGUUCCCCUUUCACUGCCCGAAAAACAGCUGUGAUAAAAAACAAAAGGCGGGCGAGAAGUGCGACAAAGAUAUCGCAAAAACGCCUGAGAAAACAGAAAGCGAAUGAAAUAUCUGUUCCUGAUUUUGAGUCAUUAAUCGGAAAGGAACUUCAUGGGGCCAAUAAGUAUUCAAUGUUGAUCAACCUAAAACCGAAAUCAAAAAGUUUCAGAAAUGUUUUUCUGUUUUCUAAAGCCAAUUUUGCAAAUUUGAGUUUUCACAACAAUGAAAUCUAAAAUUUAUUUCAUCGGAUAACGUUACAAAUGUAGAACACCUACAGUUUUUGUUAUGAUAGUUCUUUUUAUAUUUUUUGAAAAGAAUGUUGAAUGGAUGCUGUAAUAUAAACAUCAAAUUCCGAUGCCAGAUCGUCGGACACCCCCAACACAUCGUCAUGAUCAUUAUCAUUAUCAUUAUCACCCUGCGAUCGUGAUGAUCGCUGCAGUUGCUAUCUCUCGUUCGUUAGUGCAAUCUGCAGAAAUGCAGCUAAAAAGAAAAAAGGAAAUGCAAACAAAAAAUACAAAAUAAAAGAGCAGCCAGAAAGCGCGACAGAAAACACGGUUCCGUAUAAAUAAAACAGACGACAAAACGACGAGUGGCAACUUUGGGGCCAGGGAAAAAAACUGCGGCAGUUUGCGCUGAAUUUUCACGCAGCGCAGAUCGCGCUUCAAAAGGCCACGCAAAUGGAUCUGUAGCCCGAGUCAAUUAACUAAUUAAUUAAUUAAUUAAAUAAAUAAAACAAACACGAGCACGGACAAGGGCCACAUAAUAAAACAAUAAAUAAAGUGGAAGCGGGAAGUGCGAGUGCGAGUGCGAGAAAUGUCGACGGCUUUGGUUUACUGGCAGUCCACCAACGGCGGCGAUGCAAUUGACAAGUCCGCCACGGAUUGGACACCAUUUGUCGUCGGUCCACCUGGUGGCAGCUUCAGUUUCGAUGGCAAUGGAAGUGGAAGUUCCAGUGGCAGUGGCAGUGGCAGUUCCAGUGGCGGUGGAAACCUGAACCACCAUCAUCACAGCCAUCACAAUCACCAUCAUCCGCCUCAUUACAUCAAUUAUUUGGCGCAAAUUGGCUGCCAGCAUCGUGUCAGAAAUUGGCCAACGAAUGGCAAUCAGGAGGCGGAUGGCGAUGGCCAUCAAAUCAUAUCGAAAUUCCAGCCGAAAAGUGUUUGGAGCACGGUGGAUGUCGAUCGAAUCGAUGGCAAUCUAUUGGGGGUACAGGGAUCGGGAUCAUCGAGAAGUGAGGAGCGACAAUUUGCUAUGUCCGCUUACGGGUCCAGCGGGGUCAGCGUCGCCGUCGCCGUUGACGCCGCUCAGGGCAGCGGAGGCGGGGGCGGGAGACAGCGCCACGCCCCCCUCUACGGACGAUUCGUCGUCGAGGAGGAUCUGCCAGCCCCGCACCGAGAUGUCAUGCACCAUCACUCUAGUCCCUCGUCUUCGUCGGAGGUGCGUGCCAUGCAGGCCCGGAUUCCCACCCACUUUCGGGACCCCGCCUCGGGACCUCUGCGCAAGUUGAGCGUCGAUCUGAUAAAGACCUACAAGCACAUCAACGAGGUUUACUAUGCGAAAAAGAAGCGCCGUGCCCAGCAGACACAAGGCGACGACGACUCGUCCAACAAAAAGGAGCGAAAACUGUAUAACGACGGCUACGACGACGAUAAUCACGACUAUAUAAUCAAGAAUGGCGAGAAGUUUUUGGAUCGCUACGAGAUCGACUCGCUGAUCGGCAAGGGCAGUUUCGGCCAGGUCGUAAAGGCCUACGACCACGAGGAGCAGUGCCACGUGGCGAUCAAGAUAAUUAAGAAUAAGAAACCGUUCCUAAACCAGGCACAGAUCGAGGUCAAGCUGCUCGAGAUGAUGAACCGGGCGGAUGCCGAAAACAAAUACUACAUCGUUAAGCUCAAGCGGCACUUCAUGUGGCGCAACCACCUGUGCCUGGUGUUCGAGCUGCUCUCAUACAACCUGUACGACCUGCUGCGGAACACAAACUUCCGGGGCGUUUCGCUGAACCUCACGCGCAAGUUCGCCCAGCAGCUGUGCACCGCACUGCUCUUCCUCAGCACGCCCGAACUGAACAUAAUUCACUGUGAUUUGAAGCCCGAGAACAUCCUGCUGUGCAACCCGAAGCGCUCGGCGAUCAAGAUCGUUGACUUUGGCAGCUCCUGCCAGCUUGGCCAGCGGAUCUACCACUACAUCCAGUCGCGCUUUUAUCGGUCGCCCGAGGUGCUGCUCGGCAUCCAGUACGACUUGGCCAUCGACAUGUGGUCGCUGGGCUGCAUCCUGGUCGAGAUGCACACCGGCGAGCCGCUCUUCUCCGGCUGCAACGAGGUGGACCAGAUGAACAAGAUCGUCGAGGUGCUGGGCAUGCCGCCCAAGUACCUGCUCGACCAGGCGCACAAGACGCGCAAGUUCUUCGACAAGAUCGUCGCCGAUGGCUCCUACGUGCUGAAGAAGAACCAGAAUGGACGCAAGUACAAGCCGCCGGGAUCGCGCAAGCUCCACGACAUCCUCGGCGUCGAGACGGGCGGUCCGGGCGGACGGCGUCUAGACGAGCCUGGCCACUCGGUCUCCGACUAUCUCAAGUUCAAGGAUCUGAUACUGCGCAUGCUCGACUUCGAUCCCAAGACAAGGGUCACGCCCUACUACGCCCUGCAGCACAACUUCUUCAAGCGCACGGCCGACGAGGCGACCAACACGAGCGGCGCGGGCGCCACAGCGAACGCGGGUGCCGGUGGCUCCGGCUCCAGCGGAGCAGGGGGAUCCACUGGCGGCGGUGGCGGUGGCCUAGGAACAAACAGCGGCAGCGGCAGCGGAGCGGUCUCCUCAUCGAGCGCAGCGCCACCGACGGCGGCGACAGCAGCGGCCACGGCAGCGGGUUCGGGUUCGGGCUCCGGAUCCGGUUCGAGCGUCAGCGGAGGCUCCUCCGCGGCGCAGCAGCUGCAGCAGCAGCAGCAGGCGAUGCCGCUGCCCUUGCCGCUGCCGCUGCCACUCCCACUGCCGCUGCCCCCGCUCGCAGGACCUGGGAGUGCGUCGGAUGCCCAGUGUCACGGCCUCCUGAUGCACUCGGCGGCGGCCAACGCGAUGAACAACUUCUCCGCUCUGAGCCUGCAGAACACCGCCCAUCCGCCGCCGCCGCCGCUGGCCAACAGCCACCACGGCAGCAACAGCCUGGGCAGCCUGAACCACAUCAGUCCCGGCAGCGGCGGUGGCGGUGGCAACAACUCUCGCCACAAUCGCCUCUACGGCGGCAACAUGCAGCACGUGGGCCACCACAUCAACAGCGGCAACAUCAAUAGCAGCAACAUCAACAUCAAUAGCUGCAGCAGCAGCAGCAGCAGCAGCAAUCACAACAGCAUCAGCUAUCCGCACGCCAUGGAAUGCGAUCCGCCGCAGAUGGCGCCUCCGCCGCCAAACGGACACGGGAGGAUGCGGGUGCCGGCGAUCCUGCAGCUGCAGCCGGGCAGCUACGCGCCCAGUUCGGUGCCCUACUACGGCAACAUGACCUCCUCCUCGGUGGCGGCGGCGGCGGCAGCGGCUGCGGCGGCUGCCUCGCACCUCAUGAUGACCGACUCGAGUGUGAUCAGCGCCUCGGCGGCGGGCGGUGGUGGCCAGGGCGGCGGCGUUAAUCCCGGUCCGAGCGCAGUGCCGCCGUCGGCCUCCGCCGCUGCCGCCGCCUUCCUCUUUCCAUCGCAGCCCGCCGGAACGCUCUAUGGGACGGCGCCCGCCUCGCUGAGCGAACUGCCGCUGCCGUUGCCGCCACUGCCGCUGCCGCUGCUCAGCCAGCCACUGCCGAUGUCCAUGCCCCUGCAGCUGCCGCCCUCGUCCUCGUCCUCGCUCUCCUCCUCGGGAUCGGGAUCGGGAACGGGAUCAGCUGGUGGGGGUGGAGGCGUUGGGGUCAUUGGCCCGGGACCAGGCGUCGUUGGCCAGCGGCGGCUCAUCAGCGGGCCCGUCUCGCAGGCGGCCAUCAUCGGCCAGAACGCCGGCGGCGGCAGCAACUCGACCACCGGAGCCAGCAGCAGCGACGCCUCCUCGUCGUCGCCGAUGGUGGGCGUUUGUGUUCAACAGAAUCCUGUAGUUAUACACUAGCAUAAACUGAGGCGGGAGCCAAAUAGUUAGUUGCCCUGCCCGCUUAACACACACCACACAUCUUUUUUUUUUUUUGUCACCCUUUGCCGCUCUCUGCUGCUAUUUAUUGCACCGCCACCACCGCCGCCCAACCAAGAACCACAGAUUCACUUGCGCAGCAGAACUCCAGGUGGUCCAAAGUCAUAUGUUUGUGUCUCGUCUAACUAAAAAGCUCCCCAGCAAGAUAGGCUUCUCUAUCAUUGAGUCACCUAAGCUAUCAAAGAUUGUAUCAUAUUGUGAGUGUUGAUUUGAGUUGACUUUCAUCGUUCAUUGUGUUGUGUACUUACUUUCGAAAUUUAUUUAACUUUAGCUUAAUUGAUUUUCUAAGAUUUUUUUUUUUAAUCUUAACACAAAAUUCCAUGUUUUCGAGCUUGGUUUCAAAAUAAUAGUCAAAGUUUAAUGUCAUGUGUUUGUUUCAAAAAGCCUUUGGAUAGACUUCUAAAUGUAAAUGUAAAUGUGUUGAAAUAUUGUCCUUGUACGUUAAAUUAUUUUAAAUCUAGGUAAUUCUAAAAACUGACAAUUUUAAAGCCAAUUAAUGUUACAAACUUUUCAAGUGACUCCUUAAUAAGGCCGUUAAAGCCGAUUUGAAAUUGAACAACUUUUUAUAUAAGAUGUUUUCGAAGGAGAUUUCCUUGUGUGACGAGACACCCGAUUUGAACCACCAUUCUAGAGACACGCCCAAACUAUAAAUACAUUAACAUUAACUAGCUAAAAUUGACCCUCAUGUUCCCGCGAAGCACACAAGAAAACUCACUCACAUGCGGUUUUACUGAAUAGUCACAUCGUGCUCUCACCGCCGCGCCCACAUCGCCGGCCACGCCCUCUUUCGUCCUGGUUGGGGGCGGGGAUCGCGCGUGGGCGAACGACUUGAAGGAUUUUGCAAGCGUUUAUUUUUUUUACAUGCUAGAACCUAUUUUUUUUUUUUGGUCUAAUUAUAAUGUUUAAUUUUAUGAUGUAAUCGUAACGACAUAACUUUACCUUAUAUAAACGAAUCAAAAUUAAACUUUAUUUAAUUGUUAAUUUAAAUUAUGUAAUUUUAUUUGACGAGAAAUCGCUAGUAAUAUAGAAAGCAAACAAAUGCUUUAUUUAAGCAAACCCCAAA